GCCGAGCAGAGUUGAACUGAGAAGGAACCCUGGAAGUGCCUGUUCCAGACUUGUGAUGCGGCUGCUGCUGGUCGCCGCGGCCCUGGGGCGCGGGCCGCUCCCUCGGGCCCCUGCCGUCCUGGGCUGGCAGGGGAAGCAGGCUAAUUGGAAGGCCUACCGAUGGUGUUCCUCAGGGACAAUUCCCAAUGAGAAAAUACGAAAUAUUGGGAUCUCGGCUCACAUUGAUUCGGGGAAGACGACACUCACAGAGCGAGUGCUGUACUACACUGGCAGGAUCUCCGCGAUGCAUGAGGUGAAAGGUAAAGAUGGAGUCGGUGCUGUCAUGGAUUCCAUGGAGCUAGAGAGACAGCGAGGAAUCACUAUUCAGUCCGCAGCCACCUACACCAUGUGGAAAGACGUCAAUAUCAACAUUAUAGAUACUCCAGGCCACGUGGACUUCACCAUAGAAGUGGAGAGGGCCCUGCGGGUGCUGGAUGGCGCAGUCCUUGUGCUCUGCGCUGUUGGUGGAGUGCAGUGCCAGACCCUGACUGUCAGCCGUCAGAUGAAACGCUACAACGUCCCCUUCUUAACCUUCAUCAACAAGCUGGACCGAAUGGGCUCCAACCCAGCCAGGGCCCUUCAGCAGAUGAGAUCGAAACUAAACCACAAUGCAGCGUUUGUGCAAAUACCCAUUGGUUUGGAGGGUGAUUUUGAGGGUGUCAUAGACCUCAUUGAGGAGCGAGCUGUUUACUUUGACGGAGACUUUGGUCAGGUUGUUCGAUAUGGCGAGAUUCCAGCAGACUUGAGGGCCGCAGCAGCUGACCACCGGCAGGAACUAAUUGAAUGUGUGGCUAAUUCAGAUGAGCAGCUCGGUGAGCUGUUCCUGGAAGAAAAAGUCCCCUCAGUUUCUGAUUUAAAGCACGCCAUCCGAAGAGCUACUCUGAGCAGGUCGUUUACGCCUGUGUUUUUGGGGAGUGCUUUGAAGAACAAAGGCGUGCAGCCUCUUUUGGAUGCUGUUUUAGAAUUCCUGCCCAAUCCGUCUGAAGUGCAGAACUAUGCCAUACUCAAUCAGGAUGACUCAAAAGAGAAGACCAAAGUCUUGAUGAGCUCCAGAAGAGACAACUCCCACCCAUUCGUGGGCCUGGCUUUUAAGCUGGAGGCAGGCCGUUUUGGACAGUUAACUUAUGUCCGCAAUUAUCAAGGUGAACUCAAGAAGGGAAGCACCAUCUACAACACGAGGACAGGAAAGAAAGUGCGGGCACAGCGGCUGGUUCGGAUGCACGCCGACAUGAUGGAGGAUGUUGAGGAAGCAUAUGCUGGAGACAUCUGUGCGUUGUUUGGCAUCGACUGUGCAAGCGGAGACACAUUCACAAACAAAGACAACAGCGGCCUUUCCAUGGAAUCAAUUCAUGUUCCUGAACCUGUCAUUUCAGUAGCAAUGAAGCCUUCUAAUAAGAAUGAUCUGGACAAAUUUUCAAAAGGUAUUGGCAGGUUUACACGGGAAGACCCCACGUUUAAAGUCCACUUUGACACUGAGAGCAAGGAGACAAUUGUGUCUGGGAUGGGAGAACUGCACCUAGAGAUCUACGCUCAGAGAAUGGAGAGAGAAUAUGGCUGUCCUUGUAUCACAGGAAAGCCCAAAGUGGCCUUUAGAGAGACCAUCACUGCCCCCGUGCCAUUUGAUUUUACACAUAAAAAGCAGUCAGGUGGUGCCGGCCAGUUUGGAAAAGUAAUAGGCGUGCUGGAACCCCUGGCCCCAGAGGACUACACUAAGUUGGAGUUUUCCGAUGAAACAUUUGGGUCCAACAUUCCAAAGCCCUUUGUGCCUGCCGUUGAAAAGGGGUUUUUGGAUGCCUGUGAAAAAGGCCCUCUUUCUGGUCACAAGCUUUCUGGGCUACGGUUUGUUCUGCAAGAUGGAGCACACCACAUGGUUGAUUCGAAUGAAAUCUCUUUCAUCCGAGCUGGAGAAGGUGCUCUUAAACAAGCCUUGGCAAAUGCCACAUUAUGUAUUCUUGAACCUAUUAUGUCUGUGGAAGUUAUAGCUCCAAACGAAUUUCAGGGAACAGUCAUCGCAGGAAUUAACCGGCGCCAUGGAGUGAUCACAGGGCAGGAUGGAGUCGAGGACUAUUUCACGCUGUACGCAGAUGUUCCCCUAAAUAAUAUGUUUGGUUAUUCCACUGAGCUUCGCUCCUGCACAGAGGGCAAAGGAGAGUACACAAUGGAGUACUGCAGAUACCAGCCGUGCUCACCAGCCACACAGGAAGAACUCAUUAAUAAGUAUUUGGAAGCCACGGGUCAACUUCCUGUAAAAAAAGGGAAAGCCAAGAACUGAUGUUGCUUCCUUUGGAUGCAGCGACUGUUUGCUGCAGGUUUAGAGGUGACAGAUUCCCGUGGAAUGGCUUCAGGUGGCUGAAGCAAAUGUUAGGGGUCCUCCUGAAACAAUGCUCAGGAGCUCCUGUGUAUAUGCAAAGAUAAUUAUGUGUAUAUAAACCAUGUUGAAUAUUUUUAUUGUUUAGUGAAAGACUUUAAAUAAAAUUAUAUUCCUGAA